AUGUUGCAAAUCAUCAUGGAGUCCGCCGAGCUUAACCAGCUCCAAAGGCCUGAAGUCAGUCCUUGUGUAACCUUCUACUUUAGAGAUAUCAAGAAGCGAACUCAAGUGGCGAAAGGGAAAAGCCCCAUAUGGAAUGAGACCCUGGUCUGGCAUCUCUGGGCUUGUCCCCUGGAAGAAGACUCCUUCUUGCACAUUAUUCUUCGGGACGUGAGCUCAACUAAACAUGAACGGUUCAUUGGUAUGGCCACAGUACUGCUCAAGCCCUUGGUGGAUCAACCAAAUGAAGUCUUACAUGUGAAGGAAUUACCCCUUCAUGGUCAUUUCAUGAAGAUCAUAAAUUGCACUAUCACCUUACAGGUGUCCCUUGUGACCCAGGAUAUGAAGACAGGGAAUGAAGACCUCCACGGUGUAACAGCAAGAGAAGUGGUAUGGCAAAAGGAGAUGGUUCCCAGCUACCUCACUCUCCCAGCUCUGUACUCAAAGCCUCAGGACUUUCAGGUUCGAAUAAGGGUUAUUGAAGCCCGACAGCUCAUGGGUAAUAAUAUCAGGCCACUGGUGAAGGUGACCAUUGGUGACCAGGAGAACCACACAAGGAUAAAGAGAGGAAACAACCCUUUCUUCAAUGAGAUCUUCUUCCAGAAUUUCCAUGAGGUUCCUGCAAAACUCUUCGAUAAGAUCAUCUUAAUCCAGACAGAUAUUGGGUUUGUCUACUAUUCUCCAGGUCACACGCUGCUAAGGGAGUGGCUAGGCCUCAGCCUGCCAGAAGAUCCGAACAGUGGCAUUAGAGGCUACGUGAAAGCAACCAUCUGUGUCCUGGGUGUGGGGGACCAGGCCAUGGUAGACCUGCUGCUGUCCCACGGAGAUGAAGAUAUGCAUCAUAAACUCUUCAAGUCAGCAGCAGUCCAAAUCAACAUGGCUCAGUUACACUUCCUCAUCUACCACGCAGAGGACCUUUAUUUCCGUUAGAGCCAGGGUGGGAAUCCUAUGUUGGAGGUGGAAAUAAGUGGGAAAAAGCUCAAGACCAGCAUGCAGAACAAAACUGAGAACCCGACCUGGAACCAGACUCUGACCAUACCAAUUCAGCUUCCCUUCCUCUCCAGUUACGUCAAGUUGAGAGUCUUGGACUGCACCAAGAAGGACUGUCAGGAUGAGAUUGGAACAGCCAGCCUGUGCAUCAACCAGAUCUCCUCCACCGGUGCAGAGCUAGAAGGCAAGCCGACCCAGCCUCAGCCCUGCCUCCCACCCUCCUCCCCCUGGGUGCAUCCCUUAUCACCCCCUCUUGUUCCAGGAAAGUACUCUGGCUUCCUACCCUGCUUUGGCCCCAGCUUCCUGACUCUUCAUGGUGGUAAAAAAGCCCCAUUCAGGAUCUCAGAAGAAGGCACUAGUCCUGAUUCUUUUAAGGAUGGUUUAUCAUACCGAGGGCGACUCUUCCUGGAGUUAAUUACUCAAAUAAAACCCAAUCAACAGCUUAAUAUAAAGGAGCUCUCUCAGGAAGUGACCAGAGUAGAGAUACAUCAGAAACGUCAGAAGUAUGGGCUGUGCGUCAUCUUCCUCUCCUGUACUAUGAUGCCCAACUUUAAGGACCUGAUCCAAUUUGAAGUUAGCAUCGGUCACUAUGGAAACAAGGAGAACCUGAACUACAAGCCUCUAGUCUCAAGCACACAGUACAGCCCAGUGAUAUACGAUGGGACCAUCUACCAUUAUGUGCCCUGGUAUAACACCAAGCCCGUUGUGGCCGUGACCUCUUACUGGGAGGAUGUGAGCUUCCGCAUAAACUGUCUCAACCUCCUCCACUUCACUGCGAACCGCCUGAAAACCAAUCUAGAAGUCCUGAAGUCCAUCCGGAACAUGAAGGACCCAGCCCUGCUCCUGCACUGGGAGAAGCUGCUGAAGGAGUUGAUGGAGGACUGCCAGCGCCCUCUGCCCUGCCUGGUCAACCAGCCCAAAGCCACAGACCUGGAUAAGAAGAGAGGGGAGCUUCGCAGGCUCCUCCUGCAGGAACUGGUCCAACAGGCCCAAGAAGCUGAGCCCAAGGACAUGGUGACCACCGUGGAGGGCUGGUUGUACCGUCUCAACUCCGUACUCUCUGAGCCCCAGACGAGCCUCCCAGACGUGAUGAUCUGGCUGAUGGCCAAUGACCAGCACGUGGCCUACGCACAGGUGCCCGCCCACACCAUCCUCUUCUCUCGGGCUGGGCCUCUGCAGUCUGGCAGAUUCUGUGGGAAGACGCAGACACUCCUCUUACAGUACCCAGAAGGAGAAGGGCAGAACACGCUCCCAGGUCACCUCCGGGUCUGCAUGUGGCUUGGCAACGUGGAAGACAGCAAGGAUCUUCAGCUGCUUCGCCAUGGCGAGUUGGCCGUGUAUGCAGAGAUGUAUGAGAACCAGGCCAAAUACAAGGACCAGUGGGGGCCGCAUGCGCUGUACAACUGCCCCAAUUUCUCAGAUGUCAAAGGACACACAGCCCCCACCAAGGAGAAUUUUCGGGUGCCUCCAGGAUGGCAAUGGCAGGGGAAGUGGAUAGUGGAGCCUCAGAGAAGGCUCCUUCUGGACACAGACAUCAACAGGAAUCAGGUGCUGGAGGAGGUGUAUGAGAACGAGUGGCGAGACGUGACAGGAGCCUGGGUGCCUGCGGCCAUCCCAAACACAGACGUGGAUGGAAACAGCAUAGAUGCCCGGGAAAACAUGAAGUGCCCCCGAGGCUGGUACAUUCAGAAGAACUGGAAUGUGGAACUGAACCACGCAGUGGACAAUGAGGGCUGGGAAUAUGGAGUAGGGGUGCUGCCUGCUAGCCUGCCGCAAGCAUGGAACUCUGUGGAGAAGACCUACUACUCCAUCAGGCGGCGACGCUGGGUGCGCAUCCGGUGCCGAAGUCCCCAGAAGCUGACCCAUGAGGAGGAGACCCUCUCCUUCCUGCAGCUGGAUGACGAGGGCUGGGAAUACGGCACCUUCGGCUCCAAGUUCCACCUGAACGCUCAGCCCACCAGCCAUUUCCGCCGCCGGUGCUGGCGCCGCCGACUGGUCCCCAAGAAGGAUAAGGGCAUUGCGCCCAUAUUUCUUCUUGAGGGGUCCCUGAGUGUGGAAGAAAGGAGGUGCACGGAGGCCUUGGGGAUCCCAGGGAAGAUAAUGGAUGGGCUUCUCUCCUACCUAGAGCCCCACUAUUACCAGCUGUUCUGCUAUGUCUAUCAGGCUAGGAACCUGAUGCCCAACAAGAUCCAGAUGUUUGAGGCGUCUUACAUCCGGGCCGUCUUCCUGAACCACAGUCAGUGCACCCAGACCCUGAGCAGUUCUUCAGCCCCGACAUGGGCUCAGACGCUUGUCUUCCUGCACCUCCUUCUCUAUGAGAACCCCCAGGACACCAAAGACAGCCCACCACUCAUGAUGCUGGAACUGUGGGAGGACUCCCAGGGCAAGCAGAGCUUGUGGGGACGAAGCAUGUGGUCCCCAGCAGUCUGGCUGGAUCUCAAACAUCGGACCCUUCCCCCAUUGAGAUGGCACCCCCUUAUAAAAGGAUUAGGGGAGGAAGAAGGUGAAAUCUUAGCAUCCUGUGAGCUGAUCCUUGAGACUCAGAGUGUGAGAGAAACGAAGCCACCAAUCUUAAAUGUUCCCUGGAAGAAUAACAUCUACAUGCUUCCCAAGGAUAUCCAGCCCACGUUAAAGAAGGUGGCUAUUGAGGUUCUGGUCUGGGGUCUUCGGAACAUGAAGGAUGUACAGUCCCCCUAUCUCCUGAUAGAAUGUGGGGAACACUCCCUGAGAACAGAGCCUAUCAAGGACUUCCAGACCAACCCCAACUUUCUUGAGUCUGCUCUCUUCUUCACACUGUUUAUGCCGACAGAGGAGGCCUACUCACUGCCCUUGGUGGUGAAGGUGGUGGACAUCAGGGACUUCGGCGAGCAGACUGUAGUGGGUCAGGCCAACAUCAACUUCCUGCAGCCCUAUUUCUGUGACCCCUGGGCUGACAACUAUGUGCCCCCAAGGAUUCCAACACUGUCAGUGAAGAAGUGCCAGGAGUUUUUAGACUACCUCUAUGAAAAGUUCUGGCUCAAGUCCAAAAACGAAGAGGGUGACUAUGAGCCUGAUGUGGACUGGUGGAGUAAGCUGUCCUGGGCCACAAAUGAGGCUCACAAACACAGGCAGCAGCAGGACAAAGAUUACCACACACUAAAGGUGUAUGACUGUGAGCUGGAGGCUGUGCCAGACUUCAAAGGUCUGCAGGACUUCUGCCAGACUUUCAGACUUUACAAGGAGAAGCCUGUGCUGGACAGCCCCGUGGUAGGAGAGUUCAAGGGCCUUUUCCGCAUCUACCCAUUUCCUGAGGAUCCUAAGGCCACCAAGCCUCCUCGUCAGUUCUUCGUUAGAUCUGACAAAGAAGGCUUCCCUCAGGAGUGCCUGGUGCGGGUGUAUGUGGUCCGAGCGCUCAGCCUGCAGCCCCAGGACUACAACGGUCUGUGUGACCCUUAUGUGAUCCUCAAAGUGGGGCAGAAACAGUUUGGCAAGCGAGAUGCCUAUCGGCCCAACACACUGGAUCCCAUCUUUGGCAUGAUGUUUGAACUGGAAUGCAACAUCCCUCUGGAGAAGGACCUAGAGAUCCAGCUCUACGACUUCGAUCUGCUUUUACCUGAUGACAAGAUUGGAACCACAGUCAUUGACCUUGAAAACCGGCUCCUGUCUGGCUUUGGAGCACGCUGUGGGCUCUCCAAAUCCUACUGCCACUCAGGACCCUUCAGGUGGCGCGAUCAGAUGUCUCCAAGCCAACUUCUAGAACGCCACGCCAAGCUGAAAGGGCUGUCUCCACCACUUUUCAACGUUGAGGAUGACUCUGUUUUUUACAAUGGGAGAAAAAUCAAGCUGCAAAGCUUUGAGCCCAAGCCGCCCACCGCUCAGCACUUGGGAUCCAAAAAGGAGCGCCUUGCACUCUAUGUCCUGCACACCCAAGGGCUUGUGCCUGAGCACCUGGAGACCCGCACCCUGUACAGCGACAGUCAGCCGGGCAUCGACCAGGGAAAGGUGCAGAUGUGGGUAGACAUCUUCCCUAAGAAGCUUGGCCCUCCUGGUCCUCCAGUCAAAAUCAGCCCCAGAAAGCCAAAAAGGUGACCUCAGAGCACCAAUGGCUGCAGGUAUGAGCUGCGCUGCAUCAUCUGGCAAGUGGACAGUGUGGACCUGAAGGACAGUGUUAUGGGCGAGAAGUCCAGCGACAUCUACAUCAAAGGGUGGUUAUUUGGUCUAGAGCAUGACAUGCAGAAGACAGACAUCCACUAUCACUCCGUGACUGGCAAGGGGAGCUUCAACUGGCGGUUUAUCUUCACCAUGGACUAUCUGGCAGCUGAGCACAUGUGUGUCCAGAGAGAGAAGGACUACGUGUGGAGUCUGGACGCUACCUCGAUGAAGUUUCCCCCCCAGCUCAUCAUCCAGGUCUGGGACAAUAACACCUUAUCUACAGAUGACUUCAUAGGCGUCUUGGAGAUGGAUCUGUCUGAUAUGCCAUUCCCCGCCCGGAAAGCCAAAGUCUGCUCCCUCAAGAUGAUGAACAUGGAGCCCAAAUGGCCCCUCUCCCAAGGCCAGCGCAUAUCCCUCUUUAAGAAGAAGACCGUGACUGGCUGGUGGCCUUGUCAGGCCCUGGAUGAUGGAAAAUGGCACCUGUCGGGGAAAGUGAACAUGACUCUGGAGAUUCUGACAGAGAAAGAAGCCUCACUCAGGCCUGCUGGACAAGGCCGGUCAGAACCCAACCAGCACCCUACACUUCAAACCCCCGUCCGCAUCUACACCACCUACAAGCAGCUGAAGGUCCCUGUGAUAAACAUGUGGCACAUGUUCUGGAGACGCAGCCGCUACAAGAUCCUGUGCGCCUUUACCAUUCUCACUUUCUUCCUCAUGCUGUCCAACUUCAUCUAUGCAACUCCAAAAUAUCUGGCCAUGCACUUGAUUAAACCUGCAAUUCGAGUAAUUCUGGAACACUGA